ACCAGCGAGGGGGCGUGCCCGUGUUGCCUCGAUCAAGCCACUCAUCAGUGAGGGCCUUGAAACAUGUGGUGGUGGCAUGGGUGGUUUGGAGGCAGCGCUUACCCUUGUUGGGGCCGUUGCGGAUGAGAUACUGACACGGGGAGAAGCCGCCGGUGCUGUUGGAACCACUGCUACCCCCGCGUCCUCCACUGCGCCCCCCGCCACGUCCACCACCCGAUCGUCCCGCCGAAGCGGAGUCGGGUGGGAAGCUGGCGUGGACCUCAUUGAACGCCACGCGACGGGCCUCAUACAUGGGUGUGAGGCCGUCGAGGAGGCGGCAAACGAUGAGGGAGUCGGGAAGGGGAGAGCGACGAUCGGCAAGGCGUUUGGCAGUGGUGAGGAGGCGGCGCGUGAAGGAGAGGGCGUUGGGGCAGGAGUCAAGGUUGAUGUCGAGGAAGGCGCGGUGGAGCGCUAGGAGAGAGUUGGUGUCCUGGAGGUCAUAGGUGGCACAUAGCUCUUUCCAGAACUCGGGAGCGGAGGAGGGGGUAAUUUCGCGUUUGAGGGAGGAAGGAACGCAUGCAGACAGGAUAGCGAGACAUUUGCGGUUGGCAACGUUCCAGGCAGAGUGGCGACGACGGUACUCACGAAAGUCGUCAGCAUACUUAGCCGUGGCGUCCUUGUGCUGUUGGAGGAGUGUGUUGGCGGCGUCGUGCGCAGCUUGCUCUGCGUCAUACGCGUGAUGGAGGAGAGUGUACUCCGCAAAGUCCUUGUCAUAUUGG